AGCUUUCAACAGACAUGUAUCGAUUAUGCAUGUGUUGCUCUCCUGACCUACUACGUAGCCCUGAACUUGCCACAUGAUCUGCGGCGUCUGUGGGGGCGAAGAUCCAUUGCAACACUACUCUCUGCCAUCAACUGGCUUGCUAUCAUUGGCACUAUCUUUACCUCCAUGCCGUUUCUAUGCGGUACUGCACAAGUAUGGGACAUUCACUCCUUGAUAUGUGCUUCUUCUCACUAUGCCUAUCAAGUAGUAUAUUAUGUCACUGCUGCCAUAUCUACAUUGGUAGCCGCCCUGCGUGUACAUGCCAUGAGCAGAGGCAACUGGCACUGGGUAUUGCCAGUCUGGCUGCUUGGUAUGGUGCCCGUAGGCACUAACAUAUGGAUCCUGACGCAAGAGACAUGGCUUUUCAUUCCUCAACUUCUAUGUAUGGACAGUGUGUCGAUCUCCGACACCAUGUUUAUUGUGUAUGUGGAUUUCACUGGCUAUGUACUUGUUGACGCCCCUACUCGCGAUGUAGUGACAAUCGUUACUCGUGGAUCUGUGGUUGUCUCGGACACCCUCGUAGUUGCAGCAACAUGGUACUACAUUAGCCGUACAAGCUCCGUGAGAACACAGCUGGUACGAGAUAUGUGGGUUGUAAGGCCCAGUCUCACUACUGUCAUGUUCCGAGAUGAUAGGAAAUGUAUAUCUAUGAAUGAUGGCACUUAUGUUAUGUAUAGCAUCAUCUCGCUGCUCAACAUUGUUGAUCUGACUAUGGAAACCAUCAGUAGCAGUAGUUCUGAUUCCAAAAUGCUGGCUAUAUCAAGUCUGAUUACAGCGAUGUCGAGCAUUUUAGUCUCCCGCUUUCUCAUCUGCAUUCGCGAGGCUGCAGAACGCUCAAUACAGCCAUUCAGCUCUCAAUCUCUAUCCUUCGUCGGCUCACAAGGCAACGCUGGCCCACAUCGGUGGCUCUCCAGCAUAGAGUUUGCCGCUGACAUCGCCAACCCCUCUGCGGGGGAUGGUGACGUAGAUGCCUGCUCAGAUCUCGAAGACGACCUACAUCGAAGAGGCGAAGGUGAUGCAGGAGUCGCGAGCAAUGAUGGAAUAGAGUUGGGAGAAUACGCAACCUCUGUCCUUUCCGUAGACGCACGCACAUCCUGA